GGUGAUCGCUAAGGGACAGUUCAAACCGCUACAUCUCCAGUUUGGCCCAGAAAGUGGGAUUUUUUUCAACAGUAAACCCAAACGCUGCGUCUUUAUUAACUUAUCCUGUUGCUUUCAGACGCGAUCCUUUCGGUUGACAAUGAUUUACUGAUGGAGACGAUGUGAUAUGAUGCAUCUGUUGGUGGCGGUUUGUUGAUCAGGUGAAGCAAACGGAGCCGAGGAGGAGUCUCCGAAGAGAAGUCCUGUUUUAAACCUAAUUAAGCCCAACAAUCUCAAACUGGCUGAAAUGGACGAGCAAAGUGUAGAGAGCAUCGCCGAGGUGUUUCGUUGCUUCAUCUGCAUGGAGAAACUGAGGGAUGCUCGCCUGUGCCCGCACUGCUCCAAACUCUGCUGCUUCAGCUGCAUACGGCGAUGGCUGACGGAGCAGAGAGCACAGUGUCCACACUGUCGCGCUCCGCUGCAGCUGAGGGAGCUGGUGAACUGUCGCUGGGCCGAGGAGGUCACUCAGCAGCUGGACACCCUGCAGCUCUGCAGCCUCACCAAACACGAGGACAAUGACAAAGACAAAUGUGAAAACCACCAUGAGAAGCUGAGUGUUUUCUGUUGGACUUGUAAGAAAUGCAUCUGCCACCAGUGCGCCCUCUGGGGAGGAAUGCACGGCGGCCACACCUUUAAGCCUUUGGUGGAGAUAUACGAGCAGCAUGUGACCAAGGUGAAGGAGGAGGUGGGAAAGCUGCGGCGCCGCCUCAUGGAGCUCAUCAGUUUGGUGCAGGAAGUGGAGAGAAACGUAGAGGCUGUGAGGGGAGCGAAGGACGAGAGGGUCAGAGAGAUCCGGAACGCGGUGGAAAUGAUGAUCGCUCGUCUGGACAACCAUCUGAAGAACAAACUCAUCACUCUCAUGGGCCAGAAGACGUCCUUGACCCAGGAGACAGAGCUGCUGGAGUCUCUGCUGCAGGAGGUGGAGCAUCAGCUUCACUCGUGCAGUAAGAGCGAACUGAUCUCUAAGAGCCCAGAGAUCCUGCUCAUGUUCCAGCAGGUCCACCGUAAACCCAUGCAGUCGUUCGUCACCACGCCAGUGCCCCCCGACUUCACCAGUGAGCUGGUUCCUGCUUAUGAUUCAAGCACUUUUGUACUCGUCAACUUCAGCACUUUAAGGCAACGGGCCGACCCGGUCUACAGUCCUCCUCUGCAGAUAUCUGGCCUCUGCUGGAGGCUUAAAGUCUACCCAGACGGUAACGGCGUUGUCCGUGGAAACUAUCUGUCCGUGUUCCUCGAACUCUCUGCUGGACUUCCUGAAACGUCAAAAUAUGAGUAUCGUGUUGAGAUGGUCCACCAGGCCUCCAGCGACCCGACCAAGAAUAUUAUCAGAGAGUUUGCUUCAGACUUUGAGGUUGGUGAAUGUUGGGGCUACAACCGCUUCUUCAGGCUGGACCUGCUGGCCAGCGAGGGCUACCUGAACAUGCAGACCGACACGCUGGUGCUCCGCUACCAGGUUCGCUCCCCAACGUUCUUCCAGAAGUGCAGAGAUCAGUACUGGUAUAUCAGCCAGCUGGAGUCAGCCCAGAGCGGCUACAUCCAGCAGAUCAACAACCUCAAAGAGAGGCUGGCCAUCGAGUUGUUUCGCCGCCAGACAUCCCGCAGCUCCUCGCCCCCUGACCUGAGGCUGGCUGGAGGCACCACCAUGUCUGAGAGAGACCCUCGCUCUGUGAAAAGUGACGACGACGGCCAAACCACCCUGAGCCUCUCUAAGAAAGGAGAUGAAGAGGAAAGGACGCAGCAUGACGAUUCAAAUGAGCUUUCGGAUGGAGACCUUGAGGUGGACUGUCUCACUGAAGAGGAGGUGAACCCGCUGGAUGGAAGCAGCACCUCAGGAAGCUCCACGGCUACUAGCAACACAGAAGAGAACGACAUAGACGAAGAAACCAUGUCAGGGGAAAAUGAUGUCGACUUCAUCGGGAACCUGGAGGCAGAAGAAGGAGAGCUUACUGAAGACCUGGCCGGAGCCACAGGUGGAUCCACCUCCAGCAUGCGUCUAUCACAUCGAGGCGCCGCCGCUGGUCGUAGCGGUGGUGGGAGCGGAGCUUCUGCUGCCCCUGUUGGGGGCGCUGUGGGGCCAGGCAGCAGCAGCCUUCUAGAAAUUGACCCAGUCAUCCUGAUCCAGCUGCUGGACCUGAAGGACCGCAGCAGUGUUGAGUCUCUGUGGGGGCUCCAGCCUCGACCUCCAGUGUCUCUACUACACAGCCAAGCACACCCCCACUCAAGAAAAGAGCGAGAGCGGCGGCCGCAGGUGGUGCGGCGGUCUCCUCCAGACUCGGGCGUCCUGAUCCGCCUCAAGGCUCAGAUGGCCGAGGUCCGCAGCAAGAUGGCCGAUGUCAAAAGUCAAGUUAUGGAGGCGCGGGAGUCCGGGGAGCCCAGACCCGGCCCAUCUGGUGGCUUCAGCGUGGAGGAGGCUUCAGCUCAUUCUGGGAAUCUGGAGCUGCCAGCUUGUCACAAGGGUGGUGAGCUGGAGGGGGUGGGGAGGGCAGCUGCGGCCCGAUCCAGGGCCUGCCGACCCGCGAGGAAGUCUCUGUCGCCUGUCCUGGACAGCAGCAGCAGCGGAUCUUUGCUCGUAAAGAGGAGGAGUCCUGAGGAGAAAGAUAUGAGAGGAGCAGAAGCUUCUGCAGAGCUCAGCCUGCACCCUAAAGAUGGGAUGGGAGCUGUUGAGGAAGUGCUAAAGUCUGAAGCUGUCGCUGGGCCCCUGGUGUCUUUGGGUUCCUGCUCAUCAGAUCAAGCGUCUGCCAGCACCAAGCAGCAGUACGCGGUUGAACAGCAGCUGUACGGCGCCUCGGGGUCCAGAGACGAGAUCUUCUCCCUGGGAGCUCCGGGCUUCAUGGCUGCCAGCAAGGCCUGCAGUGGCAGGACUCUGGGGGCAGCUGUGAUGGAGUGCGAGUCUGAAAGCUCAGGAAACUCCCAGCAGUCCCUGCUGGAGGGGAUCUCUGCUCCGCUGCAGUCAAACGAAGAUCAGUCUUCAUCUGUGCUGGUGGCAGCAACCAGCAGUGACAGCGACAGCGAGGACGAGGCUCUGCAGAGCAGCAAUUCCCGAUAUGACAAUCACACCCCUUCUUGUACAGGAGAGCUUCUCCUGUCUGAUGAUGGCAGCCAUCCUGCCAUCAGGUGACUCUCUGGGAGCCUGUCGGACCGAUUCACUUCGAGUCCAAACAGCCGAUCAUCAAUGGCUGCAAAUACGGACUGACAUUUAGAGUAUAAGCUGCUUGUUUGUGCAUGAACCAGAAGUAAAGACGGUACUUAAACCCAGUCUGUUCACCAAAAGGCGGAAGCAUCCGUGUGCGUCCCGAGGAUUCUCAGAUUGGGUCCAAGGUGCUGAUAAAAACAAAAGCAAGUUCCUAUUUUUUUGUAAAAUAAGUCAAAAAUAUCUCCUUUCAGAGAUCCAAGUUGCAAACUCCUUGUUCUUUUAUAGGAGUAAUUAUUAUUUAAUUUCAAUAACUGCCAUCUUAUUUAAUUCAAUAAAUAAGCUGCUUUUGUUUCUUCUACUUUGUGUAGAAAUGCAUUCCUAGAUUCCAGUUGUGUUUUAGUUCUCUGUGUUACUAAGUUCUGACCCAUCAGCUUCCACCAGAAUCUUUUGUCAAAUAUUCAUCUAAAAGCUUAACUACACAGCGUUAGUUUUCUCUUCUUUCUAUUUUAUUCAUGUAAAGCUGCUCACAUCUGCACAAUGAAAGUUUAACGCUCUGCAGAUUCGAGAAGGCGACCAAGCCAGAUGUUUUUGACACCAUCCUGCAUGCUAACAUCACUAACUGUGCUGGUUUCUUUUUAACCAUGUAGUUAAAAGAACAUUAACUUCACCUUAUGAAUGACCCUCUUGUUGGCAGCAGCCCUUUUUCUAAAUAGUCUUGCAUGCAUUCCUUUGAAAAGAGCUAAGAAAAAGAUAUUCAUGAACAGACCAUCUAAAUUCAGAGAUGUGUUGCAGUUUUAGGUCUUAUUUAUUGUGUAGGGUGAAUGUUGAGGGUUGGAGGUGAAUCAUUUAUAAAGUUCAACUUGUAAAUUUUUGUUUGUUUUUAAAGAAUUUAACAUCUAAAACAAAGCAAACAUAUUUUCUGUUCAUUAAUAAAUAAUAAGUAAGAUAAAAACUCCACUUGCAGGGAAAAUCUCGUGUUUGGGGCUUUAACAGGUUUAAUGUGUUUCGUUUGGUCAGAUAAAGGUAUAGUAUUAAUAAUUUGGUUGUAAUGAGGGAAAUCUGGGAGGGCUUUGCUGUGAUAAAGGUCGGUAAUUAUGUAACAUGUUCUUAGCUGCUGUGCUGCUGGCUUUUCUUAAUGGUUUUUUUUUAUUUUUCGGUUUACACCUCAGUGCUCCGAAUAAACAGAGCAGAAGCUAAUUAUAAAGGUCUGCGUUGAAACUUUAAGCUCUAAUACCCUUGGUGUUGUGCUAUUUUACACCUUCCUGCUCUUCUAACACUCAUUCAACCCUUAUAUAUUGUCCCGGUAUUAGUUUACAUUGUAAAUAUGUUUAAAUUCAGCACCAGUAUAAGUUUGUCUGGGUUUAUUUCUGAGAAACUGGCUUAGGAAGGAAGUACACGGCUUUGAGUUAAUAUAUUAACCUGAAAAUCAGUCUUCAUGCUGUUUCUGUCACUGCUGCCACUUAUGAACAAACUAAAGCAAGAUUCUCGUCACGCAGUGUUUUUUUUUUUGUUACUAUUCCUGUUUUUAUUGAAGCUGCUUUUGUUUUAAAUGUUCCCAGAAUGCGAAAUGUAUUAUUCUCUGAAUAUUUUUAUCUAAUAAAUGAAAUGUUUUACAACACAUAA